CAUAGGAAAUUGUAUAAAAGUUUGAAAUGUAAUUAACUUAAAAUAAUAAGCACAAAUUAUAAUUGAGUAGCUACAAAUACCUAUACUUGGUGUGACAUCUCUUGGAAGAAAUUGGAAACUAAACUGAACAAAGAGAGCUAGGUAGCCACUGCUAGAAAUUAAGGUUGUGUUUUAUCUCUCUCGUACGAGUGUGAACGUUCAGAGAGCGAAUGAGAGGGCGUUCAGACUUUCAGCCAUCAAUUCAUAACCAUCUUUCUUUCUUGUGCAACUAUUUCUCGUCGGUCGAGGACUCGAGGUCUAGGAUCUAGCGCGAUCGCAGAAUGGACGCCAUUCGUGCGAGAUAAUUCGAGUCAAGGUAUAAUUCGCGCGAAUAGUGGGUGCGACGAGUGGCGGGCCGCGGGCGUGGAGUAGCCAAUACUUAUGCUAUAUGUGUGAGUGGUGCGUUGUGUCCUCGGUGUGGUGUGUCCUGUGCUCGGAGUGGCAGUGAAGAGUGGAGAACGGCGGCGGGAGGCAUGGCGGGCGCGAGCUGAUCGGACGGGCGCAGUGUUCGCUCGCGCUCCGCCGGCCCCAUGCGAGCUGCGGACGUUUUAUGGGUGCAUGCCUGAGCUGCCGGCGCCGUGAGCGAAAGGCACCCGAGAAGCGUUGGGUGCCGGGCGCGGUCGGGCCUGCUAAGGGCGCGGCGGCUGAGCGUCUCCCCCGGCGCGCCUUCUUACGAGCCAUGGCCAACUCCAUUUCGAACAUCAAGAUGACGAACCCUCUGAAAAACAUGGUCAGCAAGCGUCGAAAACGAUAUAUGAAAGAUGGCUUCAAUUUGGACUUAGCUUAUAUAACUGACAGGCUGAUAGCCAUGGGUUUCCCAGCGGAGAAGUUGGAGGGCGUGUACCGGAAUCACAUUGAUGAGGUGUACAGGUUUCUGGAGCAGAUGCACAAGGACCACUACAAGAUAUAUAACCUCUGCAGCGAGAGGAAGUACGACUCUACGAAGUUUCAUGAUAGGGUGGAAAUAUAUGCGUUUGAAGACCACACGCCGCCGAAUAUCGAGCUGAUACAGCCGUUCUGUGAGUCGGUUCAUUCGUGGCUCAGUGCCGACUCGAGAAAUGUGGCGGCAGUGCAUUGUAAAGCUGGGAAGGGCAGGACUGGAACAAUGGUGUGCUGUUACUUAUUGUACAGCGGGCAGAAGGCGACUGCAGAUGAAGCGUUGAAGUUCUACGGCACAAAGAGGACUCAUGACGAGAAAGGUGUGACGAUACCCUCUCAGAGGCGAUACGUGGAGUACUUCGCCUCGCUGGUCCGCUCGUCCCUCCACUAUACGGCCAGUAAGGUGCACAUACGGGAAGUGGUGAUGUCACCGCCUCCAGCACUCUCCGCUGCCCACUGUACCUUGGAGAUCACUGUUGCGCAGGCGAAGUUGUCACUUAAGACGUCCCUGGGCAGCCACGAGACGCGCCGCGGUGAGCGCUACGUGCGCGUGUGUCCACUCGCGUGCACGCCUCUCAGCGGCGACGUGCGCCUAGACGUAUACGCCAAGCAGAAGAUGAUGCGCAAGGAGAGGCUCUUCCACCUCUGGUUCAACACCUUCUUCGUCACCGCCUGCGUGGGCUCGCAGCCCGUGCCCUCGCCGCACGAUAGUCCGAACCUGGAGACAUUUAAGCUGACCCUAAAUAAAUGGGAGUUAGAUGACGCGCACAAAGACAAGCAACACAAACUGUAUAGUGAGGAUUUUAAGGUGGAGAUAAUAAUACAGAAGCAACCAGAAACGUCAAAGUUCAGCGGUCACUGCGACAGAGCGCCCUCGCCCCAGUCCUCGACGGCUUCCUCCUGCUCCGAACCCGACACAGAACCAGAUGCCCACUGGGACUCCGGUGAGCAGGACUUACACAUGCACACGCCUUUACACUUACACACACCCCUACACUUACAGUCGAGCGUACACAAUGAUACGCUCAAACCGUGCAACCAUAGCUUCGACAAGGACAAAGUUACGUGUGAAAAGGAUUGCGGGAACAAAACUGGGGACAAUUUACACUUGGGUUGGGCUAAAAAGUGUACAGACUACGAGUGUAAAUUGAACGACAGUAAGGAGACUUACAAGUUUCUAGAACGUUCGCUGUGUCAGUGCGGGCAUUGUGACUGUAAAUCCGACAGCCAAGACACGAGCUCCGUCAUGUCCUCCAAAAACACGUGCGAUUGCAAGGAUUGGUCCAAUUACUGUCAAUGCAAAGACACCCCGUCGGAUAUAAGCUGCGAGUCGCGAUUCGAUUUUCCGAUUAAGCCCGAUUCGAAUCCGAAGGAAUGCACGGGGAAGUGUCGCGAGAAGGAGCGUUACGAUAUCGAAUGCGAUUGUAAAACGAUUGAUAUAAGCAACGUUAGUACGAAAUCGUGCGAUUCCUGCCUCAACGGCUCUUGUAAUUGCAUCGGGUAUAAGGCGGAUAGAAAUAGACCUAACUUCACACCGAUCGAAUAUUCGUACGGAGAGUACGAUUCGAAUUUCGAAUCGAAAAAGACAGAGAGCGCAGAGAGUGAUAAGGAGGGGAGUAUACCCAAAGUUGGGUCGGAUCAGUCUAUGGACGAGAAGCGAUCUAAGCCGCGCUUGUCUUUGGGCGACAUGAGAGCUUCGUGGCGGGAAUUCAGUGGGAAAUUCGGUGAGAGCCGAAAAAAGAAAAAUAAACAUGAUUGUUGAUGACUUGUAGGUUUUAUUAUGCAUUCAACAAACGUUAUUUGAGCUGUCAAUGUUGUCAGUAUAUUCUCUCUAUAUAUAUCCAGUAUAGACUCUGGGUCAUGGUGAAGGAAAGGAUCGUGAGGAAACUUGCCUUAGACGCGGAAGUCGACGGCGUGUGUCAGCCACGGGUGGCUUAUUGCCUAUUAGAUUGCAUACAUUAAUAGGCCGUAAUAUGUAAAUUGGGUUAGGCAAACUAGUGGGCCGUUUAUAUUGAAAUUUGUUUUGAUUCUAGUACAUAUAAUGCAUAAUAAAACUGGUUACAAAUUCACAUAUAGAUAUAGUAGAUUAAAGUUCACUCGAUGAUGAGAGGAUGAAUUUAGUUAAGUCAUUACAGCGAUACCAUUUAUGGUUUUCUCUGUUCUCGUUGUAAAUAUAAUUUAAGUAUAUAAUCCGACAUAUAAGUUUUCGAAUGUUAGAUCGUAGUUUAAGCGGUGAGUAUACAGGAUGUUGUCUCAAUACAAAGCGUUAAUAUAAGAUGUUAUGUAUAUGUAUCACACAUUUUUUUUAACUUGAAAUUGCUGACAGAUUGAUGAGCGUGGAAAGGAUGACGGUUUUGUGACCUUAUCUCAAGAAUGGGUCAAUUGAUUUGAUCGCUUCGUUGUUUAUAAAGCUUACAUUUUUGGGUUAACUUGUCAAUUGGCAUAUGGCCUUUUUCCCAAUGGCAACGGCUCAAGGCAUGUUGUCCCUUUCUUACAUUAGGUUUAUGAGGGAGAUGGAUGUAUUUCUGUUUUAUUAGACACGCGGAAGAGAACGAAGGUAUCGCCUCUAUAACAUGUUUUCAAAUUGCAAAUUUUUGUUUGUCUAUGCUACUUGUGUGAGAUAUAUACAAAACUUAUUAAUAUUAGUGCAAUAAGAGCAUAUAUUUUUAAAGAUCUCUUCAACCGAUAACGAUAUCUAUGGUAAUAUAAAACUUAAAUGGAAUGGUGAUAAUGCAUCUAGAUAUAUAUGUUAAUUAACGAUGAAACGUGUCAGUCAAUCAUAUAUGAAAUUUCCAAAGUAUCAUCGAAUACGUAUAUGUACGUGCGUAUACGUUUCCACGCACGUUUUAACGUGCAUCAGCAAAGAGCCAUCACCAAAUUACUGAACGGCAGGAGCACAUGGUGGUAAGUCGCUCCUGUCUACGAAUAUUAGAAAAUAUAAAUUUUAAAAAACAAUUAAAUUUAAUAAAACUUUUUGAACAAAACCAAUUUCAAUAUUCAAGACAUGCAUUACUGUAGCAACAUAGGGUACGCCAUUUUGAAAUUGUAAUGACAAUAAAUACAAACAAAUCGACAUAAAAGUCAUUAUUUUUAUUAAAAACUAAAUUAUUUAGCCAAAAAUUAAUCCUGUUAGCUUAGCUGUUUUCAUUUGAAGAUAAUCAAUCACCAGGGACGGAAACCUAAGCUAGUCUUUGUUCUCUUCUUCUAUAAAAAAUAAUUAUUUGUAGGCGCGGGUUGCGAACGCGUUGGUCGCUACCGCCCCCUGUCGCCGCUCUGCGCCGAAACCAAUACGUAAAUAUUAUGUAUAUUAUAAUACGGACUUUCCAUAUUAAUA